AUGCAAUUAUAUCUUGUCAAUGAAUACGAUCCAUAUCGAUUUGAAGUUGACUGGAAAAAUGGAACUUCAAAUUCUUAUUUAGAUUUUGAUAUUCACUUAGGAACUUUUCAUCACAUUUCAACAUUUAAGCUUUCUACAGAUUUUUAUUCAGUUUCUCCGCAUUCUUCAAUUCCAGGCUGCACAAAAUGGCAUGUAGCUUCUAUAAUCAUGCCAAAUGAUGGUAGCUAUACUUACACAUCAGCUCCUAUCGUAACAAGAGACAGAUGCCCAGAAACUUUCAUGGAAAUCAUUACUGAGAAACCAAAGUCAUCAACAAGCUCGUACAGAUCGAUUACUUCAACACCCAAUCCAAAUAGAAAAUAUUUAUACAGAAACGAAGAAAAGAAAUCCGCUUCUUUUAUAAAAUCAAACUCUAAAUCAACAACACCAUCAAUCAAACGAACUACGAGAUCAAGAAGUUUAUCAAUGCAUAGAAAGAUAACUGCUGACUUCCCUUCUGACUUACUUCCUAAUACACAAAUACCACAAUCGUUAAUUUUACAAAGAAACACAAUAUCUCUUUGUGUUCUUUCAUUUAUUGGUACAGUAUACCUUGCUAUAUACUUUUAUCGUCAUAUUAAGCAGCAUAAUCAAUGGCAUUCAACAGAUUCAAUUUACAAAGACCUUACUUUAUACGAUCAGCUCCAUUUUUCACUUGGAUUUUGGAAUCCAUUGCAUCUACUUACAGAAGCUCUUCUCUUUUCAUGUUCAAUCUUCUGUUUAAUCCAAUCUCAAAGAAUGACACAAUAUCCUUCCUACCAAAUGCUUAUUUACUUCGCAUUUGCAUUCCUUUCAACAUAUGUUGUUGCCUGUCGUUGGUUUAUCUACACUCCGCGUUUGUAUCAGUUGAUUAGAAUUAUUAGAGUUGUUAUGAUGCAGAUUAUCACUAUUAUUAUUGGUCUUUCACCUCUUGUUGUCGGAUUGAUGUUCUUUGGCUCAUUCUUCUUCGGAUUUGUUUCAGAUAUCAGUAGAUCAUUUUUCAGAUUCUUCCAAAUGUUCGUAGGAGCAACAUUUGGUGAUGAUCUAUUUUUCAUGUUCACAUAUUACACAGAUGGAACGGAUCUUUUCAAUCUUUUAGCACUUAUUUACGUAACUGCUGUUGCUAUUGUUGCAGGAUACAUCUGCUUCCCAUCUUUCACAUCAACAAUCUCUGUUUUGCACAAAACUGUUGUUAUUCCUGUCGAAGAAAGAGAAAAAUUGGAAAAGGCCGAAGAAUAA